CUGAAGUGUGGUUGAGCUGUCGUGUGUUUGUGUCUCUGUAUUCAUGCAGUAAAAUGGCAGAAGCCAGAGUUUCUCAGGAUGAGUUCAUGUGUUCAGUGUGUCUGGAUCUCAUGAAGGAUCCGGUGACUACUUCAUGUGGACACAGUUACUGUAAGAGCUGUAUUACAGGCUUCUGGGAUCAGGAGGAUCAGAAGAGAGUCUACAGCUGCCCUCAGUGCAGACAGACCUUCAGUCCAAGACCUGCUUUAGCUAGAAACACCAUGCUGGCUGAAGUGGUGGAGAAACUGAAGAAGAGGAAACGUCCUGCUGACUGUGACUCUGGAGCUGGAGAUGUGCAGUGUGACGUCUGUACUGGAAGAAAAUCCAAAGCCGUCAAGUCCUGUCUGGUGUGUCUGGAGUCUUACUGUCAAACUCAUUUUGAGCGGCACGAGGAGUUUCGCUCAGGAAAACGACACAAAGUGACUGAUGCCACUGGACGACUGCAGCAGAUGAUCUGCCAGAAACAUGAGAAGCUCCUUGAGGUUUUCUGUCGCACUGACCAGAAAUGUAUAUGUGUGCUGUGUACGAUGGAUGAACAUAAAAACCACGACACUGUAUCAGCUGCAGCACAGAGGACAGAGAAACAGAAGGAGCUGGAGGAGACGCAGAAGACGCUCCAGCAGAGAAUCCAGCAGAGAGAGAAAGAUCUCCAGCAGCUGAGAGAGGCUGUGGAGUCUCAGAAGCGCUCUGCACAGACAGCAGUGGAGGACAGUGAGAGGAUCUUUAUUGAGCUCAUCUGCUCGAUUCAGAGAAGCCGCUCUGAGCUGAUACGGCUGAUCAGAGAUCGGGAAAAUACUGCAGUGAGCCGAGCUGAAGGACGACUGGAGCGACUGGAGCAGGAGAUCAAUGAUCUGAGGAGGAGAGACGCUGAGCUGGAGCAGCUUUCACACACACAGGAUCACAUCCAGUUCCUGCAGAGUUUCCAGUCUCUCUCAGCUCCUCCUGAAUCUACAGACGUAAAUGAUGAUCUCUUCAGUUCUCUCGUCUCUUUCGAUGAUCUGAGAGAAUCUGUCCAUCAGCUGAGAGACAAACUGAAGGAUUUCUGCAAAGAGGAACUCAAGAAGAUCUCAGACAGAGUCGCAUUCACCAACACUGUUCCCAGGACCAGGAACCACUUCCUACAAUAUUCCCAUCAGCUCACUCUGGAUCUGAACACAGUGAAUAAACGCCUCCGUCUGUCUGAGAACAACAGAGUGAUUACAUACGCUAAAACAGUCCAGUCGUAUCCUGAUCAUCCAGACAGAUUUGAUUAUUAUUCUCAGGUGUUGUGUAGAGAGAGUGUGUGUGGACGCUGUUACUGGGAGCUGGAGUGGAAUAGAGAUAAAGGUUUGCAUAUAUCAGUGUCAUAUAAGAGCAUCAGCAGGAAGGGACGGGGUAAAGGGUGUUGGUUUGGAUCUAAUGAUCAGUCCUGGAGUUUGCGCUGCACUCCCUCCAGUUACUCAUUCUGGCACAAUAACAUAGAGACUGAUCUCCCUGUGGAGUCCAUGAUCAGGAGAAUAGGAGUGUUUGUGGAUCACGGUGCAGGAACUCUGUCCUUUUACAGCGUCUCUGACACAAUGAGCCUCAUCCACACAGUCCAGACCACAUUCACUCAGCCGCUCUAUCCUGGGGUUUAUGUUUAUGGAUCAUCAGUGAAACUGUGUUGAUGAAUCGGAAUAGAUUGAUGAGAGAUUCUACCCAUAAUGCUGCAUGAUAAAUCAGUAACAGUGAGAUGUUAUAGAGUCUCUUCUUUUCUCUUCAUGACAUUAAUACUGCAGCUGAACUUCUGUCAGUAGAAUAACGUCAGAAUAAAUCUGUGUAAUAAAUCCUCGUAUAGACAGUAAGAUCAGUGUGUGUGUGAGUCCUGCUGAGUGACCAUGUGUUUCUGUGAUUUUCUCUGUUUGUGUGGAUUGAAAUCAGUCAUUUAAUUUUGAAUGUAGUAUUACAUCAUUUUUAUUAUUAUCAAAACUACCUUUCAGUUCAAAUUAUCACACUGUCAAUAAAUAAUUUUCAUUAUUCACCUUA